GCGCGGUUGUCUUCGGCGGCCGGACUCUUUGCACGGAAAGGCUCCCGCCUUCCUCCUGCGGUCCUGUGUGGAACAUGCGUGGCUCCGACUUGCGCUGACUUCUUCAGGCCGGGGAGCGCCGCAGGUUCCUCUUUGCCCCUCGAUGUCGCCCCGUCGUCUCUGGUAGGAAUACCUGGCUGCGGCGUUGCUGGAGUCCUGCUCUCGGAGGAACACUUAAUUGAUGAACUGCAACUGAAUAUCUUCACACUCUCCCACCGACAGUGUGCCUUUUGAAAUGGAACCGAAAGUUUGCAACCUGACAUUUGGUUUUCAGAGAAGCUCAACAUCUGAUGAUGACUCUGGCUGUGCCUUGGAAGAAUAUGCCUGGGUGCCUCCAGGUCUUAGACCUGAGCAGGUACAGCUAUACUUUGCCUGUUUGUCAGAGGAGAAGGUCCCUUAUGUUAACAGUCCUGGAGAGAAACACAGAAUUAAACAGCUUCUUUAUCAGCUACCACCCCAUGAUAAUGAAAUUAGAUAUUGUCAGUCUUUAAGUGAAGAAGAAAAGAAAGAACUUCAGAUAUUUAGUUCACGGCGUAAGAAGGAAGCACUGGGACGAGGCACAGUCAAACUACUCUCAAGAGCAGUAAUGCAUACACUUUGUGAACAGUGUGGUACAAAAAUAAAUGGAGGUGAAGUUGCAGUGUUUGCGUCAAGAGCAGGACCUGGAGUGUGCUGGCAUCCGUCCUGUUUUGUGUGUUCUACGUGCAAUGAACUUCUUGUUGACCUAAUCUACUUCUACCAUGAUGGAAAAAUUCAUUGUGGUAGACACCAUGCUGAACUUCUCAAGCCACGCUGUUCAGCAUGUGAUGAGAUUAUCUUUGCUGAUGAAUGUACAGAAGCAGAAGGUCGCCAUUGGCAUAUGAAACAUUUUUGUUGCCUUGAGUGUGAAACCAUCCUUGGAGGACAGAGAUAUAUUAUGAAGGAUGGACGUCCAUUCUGCUGUGGCUGUUUUGAGUCCCUUUAUGCAGAGUAUUGUGAGACUUGCGGGGAACACAUAGGGGUUGAUCAUGCUCAGAUGACUUAUGAUGGACAGCACUGGCAUGCCACAGAAACUUGCUUUUCAUGUGCUCACUGCAAAAUUUCCCUACUUGGCUCUCCUUUCCUUCCCAAGCAAGGACAGAUUUAUUGUUCCAAAUCAUGCAGUCUGGGAGAAGAUGUUCAUGCCUCUGACUCUUCUGACUCUGCUUUCCAAUCUGCCCGCUCAAGGGACUCCAGGAGGAGUGUUCGUAUGGGGAAAAGCAGUCGGUCAGCAGAUCAGUGCAGACAGUCCCUUCUCCUGUCUCCAGCUCUGAAUUACAAAUUCCCUGGCCUCUCAAGCACAGCGGAUGAUACCCUUUCAAGGAAAUUGGAUGACUUAAGCCUUUCAAGGCAAGGAAUGGGCUUUGUUGAUGAAGACCUCUGGAAAGGAAGGGAGGAGCAAGAAAUUCCAGAUGAUCCUGAAGAAUGGGCUGAACAUGAAGACUAUAUGACUCAGCUGCUCCUAAAGUUUGGUGAUAAAGGUCUCUUACAGCAGCCAGUGGAAGUAAAUGUUAGAGCAAAUGAACAAUGGGUUUCUGAAAGCAUGGUUAAAGGAAGAUCUGAGUUGAAGAAAAAUAGCCAAAGCCUAGCAAGUAAGAAAUACCAAUCAGAUAUGUACUGGGCCCAAUCCCAAGAUGGCUUAGGGGACUCUGCUUAUGGGAGCCAUCCAGGCCCUGCUAGCAGCAGGAAAAUCCAAGAGCUGGACAUAGAACACAGUGCAACUAGGUAUAAGUGUGACCAAAAGCAAUGGUAUGAUAAUUCACUAGAACAUUUACCAGACCUGAAACAGGAGCAGUGUGUUAGAGAUUCAAUGGAUUCACUGGCUUUGUCCAAUAUUACAGCUGCUUCUGUAGAUGGAGAAGUCACAGCAAGACCAUCUUUGUAUUCUUUGCAAACAUACCAAGAGCUGGAAGUAGACGAUUGUGAGAAAAUGAGUAACAUGGGAACCCUGAAUUCCUCAAUGCUUCACAGGAGUACAGAGUCUCUAAAAAGUUUAAGUUCUGAAUUAUGUCAAGGCAAGGCACUGCCGGAUGAAAAGCCAAUACAUAUGCCAGUUCUCAGAAGAUCCAAAUCACAGACUAGACCUCACCAGGUUAAGUUUUCAGAUGAUGUCAUUGAUAAUGGAAACUAUGAGAACCUUGAAAUUCGCCAGCCUCCGAUGAGUGAAAGGACUCGACGGCGAGUUUACCAGUUUGAAGACCUUGGAACUAGACAGCAACAUCGGCGCAGGAAGAGUAGAAAGUCUAGGUCUGAUAAUGCACUUCACUUGGCUGCAGAAAGAAAACCCUUGCCAAAGGAAAGACUUAAUUUUUAUUCUCCGCAGGAUUAUAAUAAAUUCAUUCAUAAUAAAAGUCCUCAUGCUAUGCGGGCAUACACUCCAAACCCAUACAGCCAGUACAGCCAUAUUUCUCCAUAUGCAGUGGGGAACCAUCAAGACCAGUUUUUUGGAUUCUUUGGUGAUGAGGAAGACUCCUGGUGUUCAUCAUCAUCAUCAUCAUCAUCUGAUUCAGAAGAGGAAGGUUACUUUUUAGGACAGCCCAUUCCCCAGCCCCGAUCAGUGAGAUAUCCCUAUUAUACAGAUGAUCUUUCUAGUCCAACUGCUGAACUUCCCAGUUCUCCAUUUGGACAAAGAGCAACAUCCAAAAAGCGAAAAGCACACAAAGGCAAAAACUGCAUAAUUUCUUAAGCUUUACUAGUAACUAUGAGCUAUGUGCCUAGGCUGUUUUAAAUAUUAUAUAGAUAAAUAGCUUAAAUUACUUUGUGUGAAACUACAGUCACACAAGCCCCCCCCCCCCAUCUUCAGUCAAGGUGCUGAAUAAUCUAACAAGUAGAGGGCUGCAAUAACAUAAGAGCAAACUGAAAAUAGGUUUUAUGAUCCUGCUGAGGUAUAUUCUUUUGGGGCUAUACCAACAAACAGAGAAACUGGGUUCUAAGUAGCUUUUUUGGGUUGGAUUAUGCUAAAAUCCAAGGAAAAUGCAAUGUUGUUUAGACCUCAUCUGCUUCUUCAGUUGCCUGUUUAAGUCAAACAAGAAAAAAAAAGAAUGUCUGAACAGUAUUUUUACCCCUCUUCGUUCAGCUACUCACCAACUAUAUUAAUGUAGCCCAACCAAUUUUGAUUCUAUACAAGAAUUUUGUUUCAAUGUAAGUCAAUAAUAGAUGCCAGAAUUGAGCCAAUUUAGUCCAUUUCAUUUUCUAAGUUAUCAUUCUGACAACUUUUUACAUAAAAUGUAUUUUGUCCUUCAGCAGCUACUUAAAUGUGGUGUGUAACUUAAUUGCAUUAAGUCAGUGAGCCAGCUUAUACAGAAAUAUUGUGAAAUCAGGUCUGAGAUUCCUGUAUAUUUCCAAUUCUGGUUUCCAAUGUAGUAGGA